CACUGCAUGCUUUAUCUUUGCUCAGAACCGACCAAUGAGAACGCGAGAAGCCGUAGAGUGACAUCGGGUCUGGCCAAUAGGAUGGCAGGGGGAAAUGUGUUUAUACCAGCCCUCUUCCCCGUAGAAGGCGACUGUUUUGAGCCUGUGGACAUCAUGGUUUGGGAGGUGGUGACCCCAGCUGUGCUGUCCAGUGACACCAAACAUCAGAACGUGAGGGAUUCAGAGUGUCAAAGCGAACACACAGCAGUGAUGAUGGAUGCAGUUGGAGACCAAUCACACGACCUGCUCUGCUGUGAACACCUCCCCUCCUCACCUGGCAUCCCCAGCAGUGACAGUUACAUGGAAUACGACGACCUCCCAGACCUGCAGGAGGUUCAGGAAGAGGCGGCGCCGUCAGCACCACCUGUCUACCAGGUGGAUGUGGGCGUGUCACACCAGGAGCAACGCGCACACACGCAGCCUCCUGACACACACUGGCUGACGCAGCUGGCACACAUCGCCACUGGACCCCAGAGCCCGCUGCUGCAGGAGUCUCCUCACAGCAGCUCCUCUCCGGCCUGCCUCUCCAGCACCAGCAGUAAUCUACAUUCCUACGCUCGGCCUCCUCCCCCUCUCCCCAGCAGUGACUUGUUGCUCUCCAGAAGUCAUGACAGGGAGCGUCGGCGCAGCAGGAAGAGCAGUGAAUGUGGAUCAGCAGUGUCCACCAGAUCCUCUCUGUCUGAUGAUGAAGACAUGGGCUGGAGCUUCUGCUGGCCACCCACCACCUGGCACUGCUUCCUCAAAGGCACUCAGCUACGCUUUCACAGCGGCUCUAAUGUGGAGUGGCAGGAUGUCGAGGACCUGGACUCUGCUGAGGAGGACUCUGGUGAUGAGGAGCAAUCCACAUCUCUGAAGAGUUAUGGCUCUGAGGGUCUGCAGCUGGUGCAGCAUUCAGAGAUCGUGUUGUCUGGUCAGGCUGUCCUACAGCUGACCUUUGACCCCGGGGCAUUCGGACAUGCCCCAUUGACCGCCCGGUGCCAACUUGAUCACCCCUUCUAUGUCAAAAAGAAAGGCUGGUCGUCAUUUUACCCGAGCUUGACCGUGGUGCGUCAUGGGAUACCAUGUUAUGAAAUGGAGGUGGGAGGUGUGUGUCUUCCUCCAGGACACAGAGAUGCCAAACACACAGAUGACUCAGUGGUGUUUGACACAUUCAGAAGUUACGAUUUCACUCCUCUGGACUCCUCUGCGGUUUACGUGUUGAGCAGUAUGGCCAGACGGCGGCGUGCCUCCCAAUCCAGUGGGGGAGCCGUUUCUCCAGACAGAGACACAUCACAAGAUGCCCACAGUCCCGGUAAUCCCCACUCCCCACGACAAAAGCCAACCAAAAGCCAGCAUGCUAGCACAGCAGGAAGUAAUAAUGCCACACCCACUAAGUGCAAGCGGCCAAUGAAUGCCUUCAUGCUGUUUGCCAAAAAGUUCAGGGUGGAGUACACACAGAUGUACCCAGGCAAGGACAACAGAGCGAUCAGCGUCCUCCUUGGUGAGCGGUGGAAGAAAAUGCGAAGUGAGGAACGCCGGGCGUUCACUGUACAGGCCAAAGCCCUCGCAGACGAACAGAAAAGACUCAACCCUGACUGCUGGAAACGCAAACGAACCAACUCUGGUUGUCAGGGAAAUUAAGGCUGCAGACAAGAGAGAACGAUCAGAAUGGCCUGUGCAUUCAAACACACACACACACACACACACACACACACAGACAUGUUCAGAAGUGACAAGGAGCUAUGUGUAUAUUAAUACUAUGCUUCAAGAUGAUAUUUUCAGACUUGCCUUGAUCUCCCAAAGUGAGGAUUUGAUCGAGUUUUUUUAAGGAUUCUCAAAUCUUGUCACGUUAAAAAGAGCAGCAGUCUACUUCUUGUCGACAUCAUAGCGGCUCUCAUAAAGUCACUUCUUUCUCUUGCUUUUAAAAUGUGCUAAAUUUAACAUUUUAAAUUGGUUUAAAUCAUCUGUUGAUAUAAGUUAUAACAAGUCAUAAAACAUUACGUGGCAUCUACCUACAGAGAGGCUAUGUAAUGUAGUUAUCAAAACACAAUUAUGAAGCUGAUGAGCUGGGUUCUAUUUGUGACUGAAGUUCAUCUCCACGAGUGAUUUUACAACAAUGUGACAAUAACAAAAAAGAGAUUCUGAUCAUUUUCAGUUUCUCACAUAUGCUUGAAACAGGUGGAAGUUGUGGUGCUGUAGCAUUUUAGGUAAAGUAGAGAAUGUAGCUAUUUCCCAAAAUUCUAUAUUAUAUAAAACGAUAUAUACAAAGUAUUUUCUUGCCUGUACUACUUGCAUUUGCACUCAGUGUAUUGCACAAGACUACAUAUUUUAACUUUGCGUUCAUGCCAUUUAUCAUGUAAUAUUUAGUUACUACAAAAGUUCACCAUAAAUGUUCGAAUAUUGGCCCUGGUGUUUUUAUGUAACAUUAACAGGAACCAGGCCUUUAUUUGAGACAGGCCAAUGGGUCAAAUUUCAACCAUCUCUAUUUUCUACAACAUUCAAAUCAUUCCCAGCAGUUCAGCGGCAGAAUCUCUUUAAUUCUCUGGAAGGCUUUUAUUUUGAAAGAGAAAAAAAAAGUAGCAUUUUCCUGACAGUUGCUUGAGAAAGUACAAUGAAAAAUACUUUGUACAGACGGAAUUAGCGUAGUGGGUUUGUUAAGCUUUUCACGACUUUUUCACGAUAGACAUUGUAGCACGCAUACUAGCGAUAGCAUGUUUCUUCUGCUUUUUAUUUAUUUCAUGGCUUUUAUUUCAGAAUUUAGAGUAAUAAUAAUAAUAAUAUAAAGAUAUAAAGAUCACAUGGGUUACGUUACAGACAAUUGCCAUUGUAGCACAAGCUGCAGGAUGACAGGACUUGAUUGGAAAUUGUCAGACAUCAUCUACAUUGCGGAAGUGUCCUUGAGGAAGGCACUCGUUCCCCAGCAGCUAUAGGGGCAAAGAUACUCUUAAUGCAGGAAUUCAUAUAGUAAGUUAUUGCUUUUUCUAACUUGUCUGUACGUGCCAUAAUAAAGUUUCUUAGCUGUGUUUUAAGUACAGUAUUUUUGUGUAUAAUCGCAUAUUCCUACAUUAAUCACUCAUGGCUUCCACUGGCAGGUUUAUCUCCCCCACUGGGUUUUGAUAGCUUUACUUUAUGUCAGAAGAUUAAAAAAAGCAUUUCUAGCUUCUGUCAGGCAGGUCUGCACACUGAGAAAAUACAAAAGGUUUUGUGACAACAAGGAUGGGAAGAGACAGACAAAGUAAAUGGUGCAGAACAAAGCUGCUCCAGGUUGAUAGGACUUCACUGCUCAACAUACAUUGUACUUAGUGGAACUCGUUGCCAUAAACUACUCAUUUUAUAUUAUCAGAAAUCAGAAAAAAUACAAAGUAUUGUUCUGUAUUUUUGAUUUUUGAUCAGGCUGUUGUGGACCUAAGAAUUGAGGUAGAAAAUGCAACACUUCUCUAAACUCUCAAUGUGGUCUAGUAGCACCUUUGGCCCAGACGAUGGAGGUCUAGAGAAAUCUUUGCUUAUUGAUCCUCACGUUGUUUAAACUGCCCGAGUUAGAAAUCCUAUCAAAGAGCCCUGAAAAUUCACUGACAGCUUUACCAAUAUGGAUUUGUCAAAACCAAAGGCUUGUCAUAGUCUGUCAUUGAACUUCUGCUUAAAAAUGUUACUGCUUGAAACUGAGCCUACAGCAUCGUGGGCUGUUUUGUAGCUACCUUUGGUGUUUUAAAAAAAAUGACCAGAGGUCUGGUUGAGCAAAACACCUGUCAGCUAACAGCUCUGCUCAUUUGUAAUUUGUUAUACCUGGAAAACAAGGACCCCGGGCAGAUAGGGCACAAGACACUGAGUGAAAAAUCUAUAUCCUAAAUUAAAAAACCGCUACCCGCUACAGUAAUGUGAUUUUAUCUUAUGUUAAACAAAUCAUUUGGAAACUGACCAGCGUGUGGGAGCCCAGAUGUGUGAGGCUUUAGAAAUGUCACGAUUGGAUGAAAGUGCUUCAUAUAGAGUUGUGUCAGUGCAGAGUGUGAAGGCAUGAUGUGGAUUUGCUUGAGGUGUAAGUGCUUGAGAAAAUGACAUUUUUAUAGUUAUAGGAAGAAAAAAAAAGGAAAUACUUCCAGGGUGGACUUUUCUAAUCUCACUGCAUAACGAGGUUUAUUUUUAAUGCACUAUAUACACUUUAUCUUAUGUGACUGCUACAGUAUAAUGUGUAAUGGCAAAUAUUAAUAUGAUUAUAUAGAAAUAUAUAUUUUUGGUUUUGACUUAAUCUUUGUUAACCCUUCAUGGUUGUGCAUUGAUUAUUUAACUUUUGUUUGUCUUUACUAUCAUGUCAUGUACAGGUCGAUCAGGGGAGACAAUGCAAUACAAUGUAUUAUGGUAUAAAUAAAAGCAUGAUAAAU